AUGAAGUUCUCUGCCGCUCUUAUCACAGCAUCCCUUGCCGGCUCAGUGCUUGCUCGUCCGUCUUCGCUCGGAGACCGUGUCAGCCCUCGUGCAAAUGGCAGUCGUCAUCGCAAGAGCCAUCCUGCCGAAAAACUUGGAACCAGUGUUUCUCUCGAGUCCACCGGAGGCAACACCGGACACAAAGUCGAAUACAGCACCACCUGGUCCGGCGCUUCUCUCCAGUCCCCUUCCCAGGGCUACUUCAAAGCCGUCACUGGCCGCUUUACCGUUCCCUUGCCCAAGCACGUCGGCUCCAACGGUACUGAGUAUUCCUCAGCCUGGGUCGGCAUUGACGGUGACACUUGUGAGACCGGUCUCCUCCAGGCCGGUGUCGAUAUCGCCGUGGCCGAUUCUGGCGAAGUUUCCUACGAUGCCUGGUACGAGUGGUACCCCGACCAGUCCUACACCUUCACCGACUUCGCCGUUAGCGCAGGCAACGUAAUCCAAGUCGACAUCACGGCUAUCUCGACGACCAAGGGCAAGGUGAAGAUCACCAACAUCAGCACCGGCAAGCAUGUUAGCCAAACUCUCAGUGCGCCCAAGGGCUCUGUCCUUUGCCGUCUCAACGCCGAGUGGAUCGUGGAGGACUUUGAUGUCGACGACAUAGUGCUUCCGAUGAGUAACUUUGGCACUGUUGCGUUCACUGACACUUGUGCUACGCUUAGCACUGGUGGCACAGAGGAGCUUGGUCGCGCUUUGUUAUACAAUAUCAAGCAAGGCAACACUGUGUACACUGAUACUACUAUCAACGGUGCUAAUAAGUUUACUGUCAAGUACACUCAAAAGAAGAAGUAA